AUGGCAGACCUCGGUCUCCACAGGACCAUUCCUCGCUGGUCAGCAAUGUAUCGGCCAGCUGUGGUGAGGGCCAGGAGGAGAGCUUGUUUGGAGCCCUGGGUUAUUGGCCUCAUCACCUUUAUAUCCCUGAUUGUCCUGGCAGUGUGCAUCGGACUCAUCGUUCAUUAUGUGAGAUACAAUAAAAAGACAACCUACAAUUACUAUAGCACAUUGUCAUUUACAAGUGACAAACUAUAUGAGUUUGGAAAAGAGGCUUCUAAAAAUUUCACAGAAAUGAGCCAGAAAAUUGAAUCAAUGGUGAAUAAUGCAUUUCAUAAAUCUUCAUUGAGGCAAGCAUUUGUCAAGUCUCACAUUAUCAAGUUCAGUCAAGAGGAACAUGGAGUAUUGGCUCAUAUGCUGCUGAUUUUUAGAUUUCCCUCUUCUGAGGAUCCUGAAACCGUAAAUAAAAUUAUUCAACAUGUUCUACAUAAAAAGCUGCAAGAUGCUGUAGGACACCCUAAAUUCCAUCCUGAACUUGUUGAAAUUAAAAAAAUCAACGAGACAGAAACAGACAACUUUCUAAACAAUUGCUGCGGGACACGAAGGAACAAAACUACAAGACAGAGUCUCAGGAUUGUUGGUGGGACAGAGGUACAAGAGGGUGAAUGGCCAUGGCAAGCUAGUCUGCAAUGGGAUGGGAUCCAUCGCUGUGGAGCAACUUUGAUUAAUGACACAUGGCUUGUGAGUGCUGCUCACUGCUUUAAAACGUAUAAGGACCCAGCCAGAUGGACUGCUUCCUUUGGAGUAAAAAUAGAGCCUCCAAAAAUGAAACAAGGCCUCCGGAGGAUAAUUGUGCAUGAAAAAUACAAAUAUCCAUCACAUGACUAUGAUAUUUCAGUUGCAGAGCUUUCUAGCCCUGUUUCCUACACAAAUGCAGUACACAGAAUUUGUCUCCCUGAUGCAUCCCGUGAAUUCCACCCUGGUGAUGAGAUGUUUGUGACAGGAUUUGGAGCACUGCAAAAUGAUGGAAGUAGUCAAAAUCACCUUCGGCAAGUACAGGUGAAUCUCAUAGACACUAAAAUCUGUAAUGAACACAAAGCUUACAAUAAUGCCAUAACUCCUAGAAUGUUAUGUGCUGGAUCCUUGAAAGGAAACAGAGAUGCGUGCCAGGGUGACUCCGGAGGACCACUGGUUAGUCCAGAUGCUAGAGAUAUCUGGUACCUCGCUGGAAUAGUGAGCUGGGGAGAUGACUGUGGGCAUCCCAAUAAACCCGGUGUUUAUGCUAGAGUGACUGCCUUCCGGGACUGGAUCGCUUCCAAAACUGGUGUCUGA